AAGGCUGCGGAAGGAGCUGUCAGUUGCGUUCCACCGAGAGAGGCUAUUUCUUCUGCUAAAGCGUCGCUAAUUUAAACGACAAAUGUAAUUUCCCCAACACAAGGCCAAAAUGGGAUUCACACCGAGGCGCUUCAUGGGUUCCAAACCGCCCAAAGCAUCUCUUUUGCUGCCUUUCCUGCUACCGGUCCUACUCGUCGGUGGCCAAGGCGACGAGAACGCCGCUCUGGAUAAUGUCGUUACCGAGAGGAUGGCCGAGGAGAGCCACCGACAAGAUAGUGCCUAUUUGCUCAUAUUCAUAAUGCUACUAACGCUCACCAUCCUCACCAUAUGGCUCUUCAAGCACCGCCGCUUCAGGUUCCUGCACGAAACUGGGCUUGCUAUGAUCUACGGUCUCUUGGUGGGUGUGAUCCUGCGCUUUGGCAUUCAUGUGCCCCAAAGCAUGAGCGACACGGUCCUCGAAUGUGCCGUCAACGCCAGCCCUGCCACUCUGCUGGUCAACGUCAGCGGAAGGUUCUAUGAAUAUACGCUUAAGGGGGAAGUAAGCCGGGGAAAAGACAACCAAGUGCAGGAUGAUGAGAUGCUGCGAAAGGUGACCUUUGAUCCAGAGGUGUUUUUCAACAUUUUACUGCCUCCCAUAAUCUUCCAUGCAGGUUACAGUCUGAAAAGGAGACAUUUUUUCAGAAACAUUGGCUCCAUCCUGACCUAUGCUUUCAUGGGAACUGUCAUAUCCUGCUUUGUUAUUGGGCUCAUCAUGUAUGGCUUUGUGUCCUUCAUGAAAGUUGUGGGUCAGCUUGGGGGGGAUUUUUUCUUUACUGACUGCCUCUUUUUUGGGGCCAUUGUCUCGGCAACAGACCCAGUGACCGUUCUGGCAAUCUUCAACGAGCUGAAGGUAGACGUGGAUCUGUACGCUCUGCUGUUUGGGGAGAGCGUUCUCAACGAUGCUGUGGCCAUCGUCCUCUCGUCCUCUGUUGUGGCGUACCAGCCUGCGGGGGACAACAGCCACAGCUUCGAAGCCAUGGCUGUGCUGAAAUCCUUCGGCAUCUUCCUGGGUGUCUUCAGUGGAUCUUUUUCUCUUGGUGUGGCUACUGGAGUCAUGACUGCUCUUGUGACAAAGUUUACUAAGCUGAGGGACUUCCCUUUACUGGAAACUGGUUUAUUUUUCCUGAUGUCCUGGAGCACCUUUCUGUUGGCAGAGGCCUGCGGGAUGACAGGUGUUGUGGCGGUGCUGUUCUGUGGGAUCACGCAGGCUCAUUACACCUACAACAAUCUUUCUCGUGAUUCUCAAGACAGAACUAAACAGUUGUUUGAGCUGUUGAACUUCCUGGCAGAAAACUUCAUCUUUUCCUACAUGGGUCUGACGCUCUUCUCCUUUCAGUCACACGUUUUCAACCCGAUGUUCAUCAUCGGAGCCUUCUUGGCCGUAUUUCUGGGCAGGGCUGCAAACAUUUACCCCUUGUCCUUCCUGCUCAACCUGGGCCGUAAAAACAAGAUUGGAAUGAACUUUCAACAUGUUAUGAUGUUUGCAGGUCUGCGUGGGGCGAUGACUUUCGCUCUGUCUAUCCGGGACACAGCUACUUACGCCCGUCAGAUGAUGUUUUCGACCACCCUGCUGAUUGUGUUCUUCACUGUGUGGAUCUGUGGAGGGGGGACUACGCCCAUGCUGUCUUUCAUGAGCAUACCAGUGGGAGUGGAUUCCGAUCAAGAGCACUCCAGUUCAGCGGUGUUGGAUGGGUCACAGAGGAGAAGCACCAAGCAUGAGAGCGCCUGGCCCUUCAGGAUCUGGUAUAACUUCGACCACAACUACCUGAAGCCCCUCCUGACUCACAGCGGGCCCCCUCUCACUGCUACUCUGCCGGCUUGCUGUGGCCCCCUGGCACGAUGCCUCACCAGUCCACAGGCCUAUGAGAACGAAGGGCCGCUUCACGACGAUGACUCCGACUUCAUCCUGAACGACGCCAACGUCAGCUCCUUGUACGCCGACGUCACCGUCAGCACCGACGCAUCCGGGUCCCGCACCAUGAACCCCAAGCACUCCGGCGCCGGGCCGUUCAAAGAUAGCCGGGAUGGUGAGCUGGACCCGGCGGAGCGAGACGUGGCGAUCCGCGGCACGCGGCUUGUCCUGCCGAUGGACGACCCUUUGGAGCCCCCAACAACCGUCACCCUCCCACCUCCGCCCUCGCCCCCAAUCUCCGAACCUCACAGGCACAGACUGUAAGAUGGGGUUUGAUGUUUCUGUUGCAAAAGAAAAUAACUAAAUCAAAACGUAGUUCACAUGUAAGAUGAAACAGUCUUUGAUCUAAUAUUUCAGUGUUGACUGGACCAGCGUUGUGUCUAAGAAGCAGUUGAAAAUCAAUUUCACCAUUUCCGAUAUGAGCCGUGCUUGAUUCAGCUCAACAUGUUGGUAGAAUCUUGUGAUCUUCAUUAUUAAUGCACUAUAUGUAGACUAAAAUCCUCAGUCUGCCCUCUACAGGAGGCUUCAAUGUGUGUCUGUCGUCUGAGGUGAUUCAGUUUUACUACUGUGGUCUCUUAAAGCUCCAACUUUCUCUGCGUGUGUUGUUCAACCACUAAAACUUGUGUAAAUGUUGGGUUUCCUGGGGUUAUGUUCCCUCUAAUUUCGUCUGUAUUUAACCAAUUGUUUAUUUUAAAGUUCACAACCACUCAGAAGAUUAUUCACACUACAUUUGGAAAACUAAUCGUUUUUCCACUUGUUAACUGUUUCUGUCAGUUUGUUGUAACUUCCUCAAACGAAGGUUGGGAUUCUCAGCAGAUAAAAAUAGGAACAUCGUUUAAUGAGAGCGGUACGAAUAUUUGGUACGCACAGUUCAACCAAGAAGUUUACAUUCUCUCAUCAUCUGCAUUAUUGUCAUUUUAUUUGGAUCUUAAGAUUUAUUUGAAGGUUUUUUUCCAGGGUGGAAUGAUUAUGCAACAAUUAACUUACGCUUCUCUUGUUGAUUAUCUUGGAUCAACAUGAGGCUUGAAUAUAGACAUGCACGCUCACUAAUAUUUUGCGUAAUAAUGCCUUUUAGUAAGCUGCAGAAAAACUACUUGCUAUUUAAUUUUAGAUAUCAGUUUCUGACAGAUCUGACUGGAUAUUUGAUUCCUCUUUUUAUUAGAAGUGGUAGAAAUCAUUUAAAUUGGUUUGUUUUUGAGAAUGUAUUCAACAUUGAAGCACAGUCCUUGAGAUGCAGAGGAAUACCUUUUUAGAAGCUUAAUGAUGGUCAACUUUAUCUAUUUCCAACCAGUUUUGAUGUGUGCUUUGGAUCAUUUACCUGGGAAAAGUUUUAUAUUCAGACAAGACAAAUAUUUAUCUGCUUAAGCUUAUAAUCACUGUAUCAUCUAACAAGCAAAGAGUUGGCAGUAUGGUGCUGAGUGUUAGACUGUUGUUUUUCAAACUUGUCGAAUUCACCUGCAUCACUGAAAGCCCAAAAUGAAUGAUGAGUUUAUGUGAACAUCUGAGUGAAGGUCAAAGGAGCAACACUAAGUAAUGUAUUGACACUGAGACUAAGUUUUAGCACUACCCACCUGUUUGAAUCUUGAAUCUUUUUAACUACUGAUUUGUUUAUUUAACAGAAAAAAUCUUGAUAUCUGUAAUUAUUAUUUUUCUAUUUAUUAUUUAUUGUGUAGAUUUUCAAACAUUACUGCCAAUUAGUGAACUCCUCAUUUUAUUAAAAAUAAAUAAAAGCGCACUAAAUUUUCCCCACAUGGUACCUUUUGCAUUGAACUCUUCUUGAAGGAGGAUGGCGAUAUUUAUUUAUUCCAGGCGUUUGUAUCCUUCCCAUAUUGUAGCAUAUGCUUUUACUUUUUACUUCCCAGCCAGAUCUUCCCUGUGUGUUUGUUUGUUUUAAUAUGUGUGAUCAGAUUUUUUAUAGUUAUUAUUAGGGCUAAUGCUUGUUUCUGGGUUUACUGCUUCCAUCUGGUUGAAGUUUCUUUAAAAAAUGCACAAAAAAAAAAGAAAAAAAAAAUACUGACCAGGUCUUUGUGAUUUGUUGUCACCAUUGAUGAAAAGAGGCUGACUGAACUGUUUUGAACUUAAGUGCCUAUUCAGGACAUGUUUUUGUACAUAUUUUGUUUUGCUCAUGUGCAGUAAGAUGACCCUAUAUAAAUAUCACAUCUUCUGAUUGAUGCCAGAUUCUACAGUAUUCCCUGUAUAAUUUAACUAGAGUUUUCCCAUCUGUCUGUGCUUUUACUGUUAAAUCUUUUGUCUGUGAAUCUGAAAGAUUGAAUACUUACAUUUACAGACAAUAACAUGGUUCUUAUAUUGUAUGCGCAUUUUUGAGAAAGCUUCCAAAUGAAGUGACAUGAAAAAAGUCACUAAACGUUCACUGACAAUGGAUGAAAAAGGAGCAAAAGGGAAGUUUUUUUUUGUUACUUAUGAUGCUCUGCACUUUCUUUAAAAUAGUUUAUUCUCUGAAAUCAGUCAAAAGUUUUUGUUGAACUAUCUAACUCCGUAAAACAUUUUUUUCUUAUUUCUAUUGAAGUGAAAGUUGACUGUGAUGUCAUAAAAAAAAGUGUGUCCUCUGUAACGUUGCCCAUGUGUUACUGGUUUCAUUAGGCGGUAUUUUUUUAAUGUGCUUUGAGUUUCUGCAUUUAUCCAUCUAUGUUUUCUCACAUUUAUCUACUUGGGAAUAUUUAAAAAAAACUGGAAGAGGUAAAACUGAAUUUGUGAAAAUAUCUGAUGUUUCUGCUGAUUGUGGAAACUGUAUUUUUGAGUACACAGGUUUUAUUUACUUUUUAAGAGGCAUCUGUAAUCCUGAAGUAAUUGUAUCAUCAGUUUAACAUCCUACAGGUCUGGAGACAAAUAAAAUCACAUUUGAAGCUGA